AUGACCACAGUCCGCCCGCGCCUUCUUUUCUCUCUCUUCGAGCUUCAGCUUCCGCUAAAGGCGUAUAAAAUGGGAAAAAAUGCUUCUGUGUUGCUCUUCACUAUUCUACUGUUUUUUGAUGGUGUUUAUUCUGUUUCAGCUACUUCUUCACCCGCCAGAAUUGUAAAUGUAUUUUUCUCAAGUGCAUUUUCGACGCUGAUGAAAAGGAUUUUAUCGCUCAAGGCAACUACUAAAACAGCAAUAUCUGGGCGUCCAAUGAUGAAAUUUGAGAGCGGGUACACUGUGGAGACAGUGUUUGAUGGGAGUAAACUUGGCAUUGAACCUCAUUCUGUUGAAGUUUUGCCUAAUGGGGACCUUCUCAUUUUGGAUUCUUCUAACAGCAAUCUUUACAAGUUCUCUUCAUCAUUGUCCCUAUAUAGCAGGCCAAGGCUGAUUGCAGGGUCAGCAGAUGGAUACUCUGGAUAUGUGGAUGGUAAAUUGAGGCAAGCAAGGAUGAAUCAUCCAAAGGGAAUUACAGUUGAUGAUGGUGGAAACAUUUACAUCGCCGACACGGAUAAUAUGUCAAUCAGGAAGAUAAGCGAUUCUGGAGUGACAACCAUAGCAGGAGGUAAAUGGAGUCGGGGAAAUGGACAUGUGGAUGGACCAAGUGGAGAUGCGAAAUUUUCAAAUGAUUUUGAUGUGGUCUAUAUAGGAAGCAGUUGCUCUCUCCUUGUUAUAGAUAGAGGAAAUAAGGCGAUUCGUGAGAUACAACUCCACUUUGAUGAUUGUGCUUAUCAGUAUGGAAGUGGUUUUCCCCUGGGUAUUACGGUGCUUAUAGCAGCUGGCUUCUUUGGUUAUAUGUUAGCUUUGCUCCAACGAAGAGUUGGUUCAAUAGUAUCUUCUCGAGAUGUGAGUUCCACAUAUGGUUCAAUUGUAUCUUCUCAAGAUUCAUUGAAGGAGCAAGGAGUCUUGAAAGCAAGUACUGUAUAUCAGAAUCCUUACCAGAAACAGCUGAAGUCUUCGGUACGACCACCACUGAUCCCGGCCGAAGUCGAGCAGGAAAAACUCGAAGAAAGCUUUUUCGGGUCUUUAGGGAGAUUGGUUGCACAAACUGGAGCAUCUGCUGCUGAAAUUCUUGGAGGAGUUUUUCCCGUAUUCAAAAGGAAUCAAUACAAUCAUCAGUAUCAAAACCAAGUACAACAGCAGAAGUAUUCAAAUACUUGGUCUGUACAACAAGACAGCUUUGUUAUACCAGAUGAAGACGAGCCCCCUUCCAUCGAAACCAGGACCCCGACUCCUCAAAAAACGUAUGCUUUCAUGUCCAAAGAUUCUGAGAAUAUGCAACGACUUAGACAAAGUCGUGCUUUCUACAAUGGAUGGGAAGGUGAACUCCAGAAUCAGCAAACUCAGAAAAAGCAACAUCAUCAUCAAUAUCAUUCAUCCGUACCACAAACGUACUAUGAACAAACUUCGUUGAAGACCAGUGAGAUUGUUUUUGGAGCAGUUCAAGAGCAAGAAGGGCAGCACGAGUCUGUUGUAAUAAAGCCCCUCGACCAUGGUAUUCCGGCUUACAAUCAUUCUAAUAUUCGUGCUCGACUCAACUUUGGUAAUGGACGUUGA